GAUUAUUCAAAAUUCUAAUUUAAAAUUUGUAGGAAUUAAUGGAAACCCAAUUUCAUGGGCGCAACUUGUUAAUUAUUUUAACCAAUCAAAUUUAAUAAGAAAACUUUGAUUGCCAACCAAGGGUCUUGCGAAAACUAUGGAGGCAUAAAAUGGAAGCAAUCGAAAUUAUCCUCCUAAUUUCUUGUAUUUAUCAAUGUGGAGGAGUCAGUUUGCAAACGCAGUUGGAACACAUUGCCAAUGCACGCGCAGUUAGUAAUGGAGGAAACAACGCAUUAGGAUAUCGUAGGUCUAGUUUCUACCCGUUAGACCCUAGAGAAGUUUCAAAUAUAGUUGGUGUACCGUCUCAACCCAACCACCUCCCCGAAGCGGAAUCGAUCCUUCCCGGGCACACCCUUAUUCGUCCUUCGCUUGGCAUGCUUAAGUCAGCUGUAAAGUUUCCGCAUAGAGAAUUGGAAGACGGGUCUGGAGUAUAUGGGAAUAUUGACAAUUUGGGAAUAAGAUACGACUCCAAAAACGAACGCGUCCUUUAUUCAGGCUUUCGAAGAUCACCUUCUGAUUAUGUUAUGGUUUUACCGAAUAAACAAAAGGAGCGACAGACUGAGUUCAAAGUAGCGUCGACCAUUUUAGAUUUGGACAAUAAAGAUUUCAAAAAGCAAUUAAAGAAAGCACUUGCAGAGUUGAACUUCAGGCAUAAAGGAAACACAAAGAUAAUUAUAGCUGUGGUGAAAAAUGAGUUUUGUUUUCAGAAUAGAAACGAAAUACCGAAAAACUAUCUGAGUAAUGUGGAAAAUCACAAAAAAUGGCGCUGGAAUGAUUCAAAGUAUUACAAGGGUCAUGAUGGAAGGCUAAAAAGAUUUGUUCCUGUACAUUCAAAGUACUUGUUCACUUUGCGAGACAUAAAUAAAGACAAUGUCAUACUCAGAAAUAAGCAAGAAGAUAUGUUACAUUCAUCAUCAGCGGAAAAUAUUUCAAUAGAAGAGAUAAACACAACACAAAAAGUAAUAGAAUCUGAAGGUAGAGUAACCGAGAAGAACUGGAUUAAAUCUCAUGUUUGUAAAUAAUAAGGUAGCCGAAGAAAAAUGUAGCACCUAUGCCAACGCAUAACAAAAUGGGACCGCUGCGGCUCGGCGACGAUGCGGCAUAAUCUCGAAUGCGAAAGAAAUAAUUGUGUGCACAAGAACACAGUCUAAAAUACGCGCAACACCUCUUAUUUUAUUCCCUUACUGCAUUUUUUUUAUAAUCAAAAAUAAACGUAUGGUUU